UGUGUUUACUGGAGUCACCUGAUCCAAGAUGGCAACGGGAAGUGUCAUACUGCUGCUGUGCUCCCUUUUUUCGGGAAUUCUAGCCAAAGAUCGAGUCCCAGUGUUGAUAUGGAACAACAGCCCGGUGAGGGACAACUUCCCAGCUGUCCCAGCCCUGCAGACCAUUGACUACGGUACAUUCCAGUCCAAGUACUUGGCAGAGUUUGACCCCAAGAAUAUCAUCCUUUUCAUUCAAGAUGCACUGAGUAUGGAGGACCUGUCCAGCCAUCCGUCAGAGUUCCAGGCAAUGAACAAGUGGAUGACUGAGAGCCACUCCCUGUACCUGCCCAAUGUGGAGGAGCCAGGCCACCUCACCCAUGACUUGGCCUCCCACGGCUACAAUGUUGUGUCCCUGGAGCCUGGAGUGCCAGCAGCAGGCCUGGACCUGAAGCAGCAGGACAACAACCUUGUAGUUGUGAAGCUGCCCUCUACUCUCACCAACCCCAGCAGGAGUCGUGCCCUACAGAAAGCAGUUGAAGUAAUGCAGAAUGUCAUCUCUAAGAUUGGUGCAAAGAGGGAGUUUACUUUCAUCUUCACAGGACUGAAGCCGUCUGUGGACAUCAGCAACAAGUAUGACGGACGAGUACGUGUGCGUCGUGCUGCUGGUGGUUUGCCCCAAGAGCAAGGAUUCCACAGCCAGAGCUGUGUCAAAAUGUACUUCAAGCAGAACUUCACUCUCAAUAUCUAUAAUAACACAGGCGGGGGCAAAACAAGCAUUGUUUUUGAUGAUCACUCUUCAACUGAUACUGGACACUGUGAUGGACCAGAGAUAAGUCCUAUUAGGCAAGCCAGCCUUAAUAUGAAGUUUAUUAAUGGAGUGGACCCCUUCACCAGAAUUAUAUUCACAUUCAACUUCAAAUUUGAGAGAAGCUCAUGGGAACUCACUAACGUUGAUGUUCUUCUGGAUAACUCCAAGACCAGCAACACUCUGGAGCUGGUGACUCCUGAUAUCUCAGGAAUUCCGGUGGGCAUGUCCUACUCUUGUGCCCUGCCCAUAUAUUUUGCGUCCAAUGAUUCCACUACGAGCAAGAUGGAUGUGAUAAUGGAAGGAGUCCAGAUGGAAGCCUUCUUUGAUUCUAACAACAACAGCACCUUUGGUCCAGCCUGGGAUUGCGUGGGAUUCUUCACCGUGCCAAUUUGGGCUGGUCUGCUGACAACACUGCUUUUGCUCCUCAUUCCUUGCAUUGGCCUGUACAUGCUGAGUGACAUCAAGACCAUGGACCGAUUUGAUGACCCCAAGGGACAGCCCAUUAUGGUUCCUAAUACUGAUUAAAUAUUAUACUGAGACAGAUAUGAACUAAGGUAAUGAGGUUAUCAAUAGAGUUAGCCAGUCAUUAAACUCUGAAGUAAGAACAGUAAAAAAGAUUACUAUGUGAAGGAUAAGGUGUCAGCAACCUCAUUUAUUUCUUACAAUGAGCAGAGCUUUGCUAUUCAUUAAGUUACUGUGAAAAAUUGUUAAUGUUACAAGUAUCCAUAUUUUUACUCUAAAUGCAUAUUUAAUGAGUAUGUGGGCUCCUUAUAUAAUAAUUAUGGCCUAAGCCUGCCUGAUAAAGGUGAAAACAAAGUGUAAUUCCCAUUCAGAACCUAGUGCAUUCAAAGGCAGCUUCCCUUCUGUGAUGCACAAGGACUUCAGAGGUCAUUCCACACUUACCUGAGUCAAGCUGGAAUGAGUUUUAAAAACAAAACAGGUAGUGUUGUAAGUAGACGCAGCCAAGAUUGCUGCUUCUUAUUUGUAAAUUAAUGGACAAGUCUGAUCAAGCCAUUAAUUCAUUACUAGUCUUUACAUAGUUUUCAGACUUGCUUUUGUAAGUACUUAUGCUUGAAUAAUAUGCUGUGGUUUGUUGCCAUUUUGUGUGGUGAUUGAUAGUUAUAUAUGUUAUGAUGAAACUGUAAACCUUGUUAGGUAUUACAUGUUUAACAAUUGUUAUGUAGUGAACAAAUGUAUAUGGUCUCAGUUUUAAUGGCACCCUCUUUGAAGGGUAGCAAAACACCUAUGAGAGUAAAUUUUUUGUUAUGUACAUGAGUAAUAUUGAGGAGCCAAUACAGGAAAUACAUCAGUCCCUUUCUCUCUCUCUCUCUCUCUCUCUCUCUCUCUCUCUCUCUCUCUCUCAUUCUUUUCUUUACAAGACUCAGUAAACUCUAGAGUGUUAGUGUAAAAAUAAAAUGGACAGAAUCUGUACAUAAGAAAACAAUAUAGGAAACAGUAGUACAUAGAUUUCAAACUAUAUUACUGCACAAAUGACUGCAAUGAAGUAUAAAAGCAGAUGUCAGAUAUUCAUCAUCAUUACUCCAGCAUUUAAGUUGUAAAUUUUCAUUGUAUUACAUUGUUUUACUAGAUGUCAGUGUAGUAAACUGUGUGUGUAUCAGAAAUGCAUAUUUAUUGGAAUGUAUUGUGGGGUAGUUCUUGUUAGUCAUUAUUUUCCCUUUGUAGCAAAAAACAUUCCAAGCUUUCGUGUUGUGACCAAAUUCUCAGUAUUUACAGAGCCCUUCUAUAUAUCUAUCAAUACGAGGUCCAGCUCUCCCUGAAAGGGGGGUGUUUGAGUCAUCUUGUAUAUCUAAGAAAUACCCAAAUUGUGUAUAUAUGUGUGUACAAUCUGUAAUCCUGAAAUAAAUCACUAAAGUCUUGAAUCUUGCCAAGCAUUGGGAAAAUCAUCUUUUGAAUACACAUUUCCUGACAGAGUAUUGUUGUCUACAAGUAAAGAUGUAUGAUUCUGUAGCUCAAGAUAUUUUAGUCUAAUAAUUUACUUGAUCAAAAUAAGAAUAAUAAGGAAGAAUUUGGGUAAUUCUUACUUUAUGUAUCAUAUGUACAGUGGUAAGGAAUAUAUGGUGUCAUGAAAU